UCUUCAUCAUUCUACUGAAGACGAUAAAAUAUCAAGGAACCUUAAAACAAGAAAGUGAGGAUCUGCGUCAAAUUAUCAUAGAGAAAAUCGUCAAAAUGGCAACAACGAUGAAGCUGGUCAUCUCACUGUGUCUUCUGUCAGUAUCAUGUAUUUGCCUCUCAGAAGCCUUCAAAUUGAGUGUCAACGAGCAUCUUAUCAAGUCUUGUCCUGGAUACAUGGAGAAGAAACGAGGCGAAGGUUACCGCUGCGACUCCGAGGUCAUCGAUCACGUCCACGACUACGCCGAACAGUUCGAAAUGGCAGGCUACGACGGUGACAUCGUUGAAGACUACCUCGACAUGGCCAAUAAUGGCGGCAUUUGCUACAUGAAAGAUUCCAAACCAGAGAUUGUUAAGGGUGACUGUGCGGCCAUGGAGCUGGUUUGCAGUGAAUAUGAACCUCAGGUCGUCGACUUCUGCUCCAAACUCAGAAAACAAUCAAAGGCAACGACAGCACCCACCACUACAACGGAGCCUACCACUGAGGGGGCAGAGGGACCAGAGAUCGAGUUCCCCACCCCAGCCGGACGGGCUAAAGCCUUCCAGUAAAGACACUUAUUCCUUCAUCAAUCAGUCCUGGGUCCUUGGAUGAAUCGUCUUUGAAUAGCAAGAUCCUGAUUGACAACUGUCUUGCGUUUGAGUGCAAUUUAACAAUAUUGUUUAUAUUUUUGGUUUUUAUAAGAUAUUGCAGUAGAGUAUUAUUCUGAUUGGAUACUCUUAUUCGCAAUAUGGAUAAUUAAUGUUUGAAAAUGAUGUAUGUUUGUAUAUUUUGGUAUUGAUCGUUACACGACAUCGGCAUUAAAAGGUUACCUAGUUUAAAACAU